AUGCCUCACGACCGGGCGACGCAACAGUCUCUUGGCUUGUUCCACGGGUACCCUGCCUGGUACAGAAAAUACCAGAUUGACAACUAUGGACUCGGUAGCAGGACGCAGCUGUCAUCUUCUGCACAAGUUCAGUUCCGGGCGCCUCAUCAAGCUUCUCUGCAAAGUGACAGCUCAGUGAACGCUACCAGCAACGGCACGGCCGGCAUUCCCCUCGGACAAGACGCCAGGGGUGUGGCAGUUGGAAGUGCGCUCGAGACGGACGGAUGGAGGCCGAGACCUGUCACCCUGUCUUGGCAGCCGCAACAGGCUGUCCAGAGGGAAGGCGGCGGUGAGAAUAGGAACAGCAUUCUAGAGCGGAUGAUGUCGGCGAUGGGACUCGCUAGCGCUGGGCAGCCAGGCGACCAGUCUGUGGAAGUGAUAGGCAGCCAGCCAGUGGUUCCCUUUACCGCCGGCCAGCAAUACCGGCCACGUUUGGAUUAUCCCAGUCAUGAAAGCAGUCUCCCUUCUGAAAAUAUAACCCGCGACUUUGGGCCAAUCGCCCCUCCCUCGGCGCCUUCAGCGUUUACUUUUUCUGAAAAUGCAACGACUAAAGAUGCAUUUCCUGCCACCCCUCCUCGCGGGUUUACCACAUAUCAGAGUAGUUUAGUCACUAUCCGAGAUGACGACGGAGGAGCCCACGCAUAG